GACAACAUCUACAACCAACUUCGUAUCCUAAUUUUUGUGAUUUCCUAGCUGAAAUUCAAGAAUUAUAUUCACUUGAAAUUAAACUUGGUAUUUCUGAGAGUGAAACGGUUUUAGCUAGCUAGAAACGAAAGGAUCUUUAAUUUCAAGUCAUCACAAUGAACUAACUGGCUUCAACUGUGAAAAUACUCAACACUUCACAGCUUAAGGUUAAUAACUUCCAACCUGUCAAUCCCAUCGUGGUCACGAUUUACCCUGUACCAACACCAAACAUUCCAACCACGCAAAAUGGACAACGUUAAAGAUUUGUUGGCCAAAUAUGGCUCUGCAAUCUACACACACCGAGAGAUGAUUAAAUUGGAAAUCCAUGUUAUCCUCGCCGCUCUCUUCCCCAUCUAUAUCGGAUCACAUGCAUCACUUCAACGCCCUCCUUCCGCCUCGCCACCUCGCAAAUCCUCUUCUUCCGAUAGUCUCCAAACUUCAGAUGAAGAAGAUGAAGAAGAAUCCAGAGCUCAGAUGGAGGGUAUGACGCCUUCUGAUGCUAUCAUCUUUCCACUUCUUGCUGCUGUGGCGUUGGGAAGUCUCUAUUUUAUUAUUAAAUGGUUGGACGAUCCUGCCAUUCUCAAUAAGAUAUUGGGGUGGUAUUUUUCUGCUCUGGGGAUUUUUGGAGUAGGGAGAUUGGCAAAGGAUUCGUUGGAUGUGGGAGUGGGAUUUAUAUUUCCCAAUGUGUGGACGAGGGGAAAUAGCAUUUUUCAUGUUGAUCAGAAAUCGAGACGACAAGUUUCUGAUGAUGGACAGGGAACGUUGGUCAAUGUUGGAGUUGUGCAUCCUCUUCCUGGACGACUUUCAAAGCUCCGUUUGCCACAAAGAAUCACGGAUCUGUUGUGGGAUGUUCGUGGUCUUUUGAGAACAAAUUAUACGCUCAAUCUUCACAUCAAGACUAUACUUCCUCAUCAAAAGUCUCCGAUCAAAUUUACAUCCCUUCUCGGUCUGUUGAUAGGUAUCGCCACAAUCACAGCUUACAACAUGCUGAAUGCACCAUGGUAUCUUACAAAUCUUAUGGGAUUUGGGUUUUGCUAUGGAUCUCUUCAACUUAUGUCUUUGACUACAUUCUUCACUGGCUCAUUAGUUCUCUUCGGACUUUUCUUUUACGAUAUCAUUAUGGUUUUCUAUACGCCUCUAAUGGUCACUGUGGCUACUACUCUGGAUGUUCCAAUCAAACUUGUGUUUCCAGCAGGUGAGAGCGGAAGAGGUAGUAUGUUGGGAUUAGGAGACAUUGUUUUACCAGGAAUCUUAGUUGCGUUGGCAUUGAGAUUCGAUUUGUAUCUGCAUUAUUUGUAUUUACAGAAAUCAACAUCUCCCACCGUUUCCCCUUCCACAACCUCAAAGAAGGCCACAGAAAUCUCAACAACUCCCAAUUUCCCAUCCCAAAAACCAGCCUACAGACCAGCAACCGGUCUCUGGGGUGAACGUUUCUGGACCUCUUCCUUUUCACCUCUCUCCUCUUCCUCCCUCAAAACAGGCGUCGAAGGAACUCGUUUCCCAAAACCUUAUUUCAAAGCAGCUCUUGUGGGGUACAUCAUUGGAAUGCUUGUGACAUUAUUCGUUAUGAAUGUGUGGAAACAUGCACAGCCAGCUCUCUUGUAUCUGGUUCCUGGCGUCGUAUUUAGUUUGUGGGGAACGGCGGCUGUGAGAGGAGAAUUAAGAGUUAUGUGGGAGUUUACUGAGGAUGGGAGUUUGUCGGAUGAGGGCAAGAAGGAUGAAGGGAAGAAGGAUGAGGAUGAGAAGAAGGUUGAAGGAGGAGGAAAGGAGAAAAUAGACGAGAAAAAUGGGAAGAAAGAAGACGAUAAAGUGAAGGAAAAGCAAAUCUCAAACGGAGAAGCAACAGAGGAGAAAAAACACGAAGAAAUCAAAACCAAACUCGCGGAAGCGAUCGAUACGCGAAUGAACGAUUCAGAUGCGAGCUCGAUACUAUCCGACGGGUCGAUUUCGUGGCCGGAAGAUAAUGGAAAUGAAAACGCGAGUGAAGCAGAUGAUGAAUCGACAUACGAUAGGUUGGAAAAGGAAAAGCAUGAAAGGAUUGAGAAAACGGCGAGAAAGGAAUUGAAGGCGAAGGAGAAGAAGCGGGAGAAGAAAAAGGAAAUGGAAGAUCAGAUUUUCCUCUUUUCUAUCACGGGACCGGGAUCAAGGGGUGCGGAGAGGAAAGGGGAGAAGACGAAAGUAAAUGGAGAGGGGGAGGGAAAGAAAGAUAGAUGAAAUGUUGAGGAGGGUGAAGGAGUCAGUACCAAGAGAAAUCAAAACAACUAGAAAUAUCUAGUACUCAGAGAACGGGAAUGACAAGUUCAUAUGUAUCUACCCUUUAUACCAUAGCAAAGCACAGCACAGCACAGCACAGCAUGGAAAGGACAAAAGAGGAAAGAUGAAAAAGCUCUAGAUAAUAUUACAUCAUAACAUAAAUAAAUAAGUAAAUAGAUGUAUAGUUUACAUAUCACAUCACAUCGAAUCCCAAACCAAAAAUAUCA